AUGGACCCCGGUGGCCUCAUCCUCCGCGAGGCGACGCGGGGGUUCGCCGCUGGCGCGGCGGCCUGGGGCGCCGCCUGGGGCGGCUCAGUGUCGGAGGUCCCGCGGCCCGAGCUGCUGGGUGCUAGCCUUGCGUGGCUGGCCAGCCUUGCCGCGGUGGGCGCCGCUGGCUGGGCCUCUGGUAGGCGGGCCGCUCCCGCGACAUCAGGGGCCCCUGCGUCGGCGGACGUCCCCGCGCGGGCGCCCGCGGCGGCCUUGGAGGCGCCGGCCUCAGCGGCGCAGCUGGCGGCGGCUCAGGAAGGGGAUUUCAUCCUGGUCGAGUACGUUGGGUACGCUAACGUGUGGCACGAGCGCUUGGUGGUGCUCGCGCCCGACGGCUCGAGCCUGGCGUGCACCCUCACGCCGGACGACGACAGCUACGAGGAGGACCUCUUUGCCGUCGCUGAAGUGCGACGCUGGCUGCCGUGCGAGGGCGGACGCAUGGGCGCGUACCCUCCAGCGGCUGCUGGGAUGCACGUGCACGGCUUCAGGGGCGUCCCCGCGCCCGCGCGGGUCGCGCAGGUGCUGGCCGCGGGAGCUGCAAGGAUGGGAGUCGCCCUCGGCGCUGAGGACACGGUGGUGCCCAACCUGGCGCUGCAGGCGGUGCCCGCCCCCGGCCUGGCGCCGCUGGCAUCGCGCCGGCCGGAGGCGCAGCGGCAGCGGCGCUCGCAGCUGGUGGCGUGGGGCCGCCCGCUGGAUUGCGCCCCGGCGCUGGCAGGCCCCCCGCCGCCGCUGGUAGCGGCGCCCGCGGCUGCAGGGCCAGCUGCCGCCGAUGGCGGCCGUGGGGCCGCGGCGGCUGCGGCCGCGCCCGUGGAUGCUCGCAUCCAGCCCGUCACGUACGACCUGCAGGGCCAGCGGCACGCGGGGUUGGCGAAUUUUCGGCUUGUGCAUACGUUGACGUUCAGAGCAUUCAUGACGAUCAUGCUUGUGUUGUGGCUGGUGACGCUGAACAAGGAGCUGGAGUCUGUGUUUACUAUGACGCAUUUUUGCAUGAACUACCCCUCAAGCGAGGAUCAAGAUGCACUCAGCCCGCUCAGGAUCCCGAGGUCGGACAUGUCGUGGCACGUACUCAGGAGCAAAAUGCAAGACAAGUGGCAAUGGAUUCGAGAUUGGAGGGCCGGCGAACUCCACCUGGACGGGGACAGUGCCUUCUUUGGGAAACAGCGCAUCACAAUUUCCGAUAUUUCUCCCGUGCAUCGUGUUACAUGUUGGUGCGUUUGGGUGUUGCGAUUGGUGAACCUCUUCUACAUGCUCGCCGUAGGGAUUGUGUAUGCGACUUGUACGCACUCAUACGUAGAUCUGCUUAUGAAUACAGUCGCGCUCGCGUUUGUCUUUGAAUUGCCCGAGCUAUUCUACUUGUGGCUCGUGCCAGAGCAGAUUAAGGAUACCCUGAACCGCGUGGAGCUGGCUCCAUUCGACGACGUUGUAGCAGAAAGCGUUAGUACCAAAUUUUUCAAUGUCAGCCUGCACGGGGCAGCAUCUCGGGCAAGAUUCGUCCAGGGCCUUGCGCUGAUCCCACUCAUCUGUGUCUCUAUCGUCCAGGCGAACGACGUGUGGCAAACCUUACCCAUGUUGGAGGUUCUCCGUUGCGCAUGCGAGCAGAGCGGCCCAGAGUGCGCAGUUGGGAAGUAUCUUCAACGCGAGUGGUGGAACGCAUAUUGGAACAGAUCCCAUGAGAUCAUCAGUAAGGUCUGA